AUGAACCAGCCUGUUUCCUACGAGCGCGGAGACCCAUGGUUUGACGAUGGCAACAUCGUCUUGCUUGCGGACGGAGCGAAUGUCGCAUUCAAAGUUCAUCGAGGCAUCCUCUCCCGACACUCGGAUAUCUUUCAAACAAUGUUCCAGCUACCGCCCCCACAGGCAGACGUGGAGAUGUUGGACGACUGUCAUCUUGUCCGCAUGUACGAUUUGCCCGUUGAGCUAAGCAAUCUGAUUAAAGCACUGUACGACGGGGCCACCUUUCAGAAUCGCAGCGGGAGGGAUUUUUGUGAUCUCGCUGGCGUGUUACGCCUAUCCACAAAGUAUUUCAUCAUGCACCUACGAAAGCAAGCCAUUCGCUUCUUAUCACAAACAUGGAGUCAUACGUUGCGCGGACACGACGAAAUGUUGGAAGCGGCAAUCAAAUCCCCCCUCGUAGACGGGACAACCUAUCCUUAUGUCCAUCCCUUACAUGUUCUCAACCUGGCCAGAGAGACCAACGUGCGAAUCCUCGUGCCAUCUGCGCUUUACUUUCUCUCCUUGUAUCCCCUCGACAGUAUUCUACGACGGGAUCACCCCAAACUCCAAAUUGACCAUCCUUCAUGUCCUUCCUCUGAAUUAUCACCACAAGACCUGAAGGAGUAUACUCUGAUGUUUCAGCACCGUAUAGAUGUCAUCCUAGACUUCGUGCGUCGUGUGUGUGGUCAGCGCAAGGCGGCUGCAAACUGCAAAAAUGAUGAUUCUGGGGCGUGUCUAAAGGCAUUCUCGAGGUUAUGUACAACUUUAUCCCGCUCAUGGAUGGUCAGAACUGGACCGCUGCACUUUAUGGUGCAGGCCAUCGACGAGCUGUCCAGCAUUUCGUCUGUUUGUAUGCCGUGUCGACGGGUGUUUCGUGAAGAUGUGUUGUCAGCGAGGCAGGAGGUAUGGAAAGGACUGCCUGCAGUUAUAGGAAUACCUGGUUGGGACGAUCUGGAAGCAACGGACUUGAAUUUCUAG